AUGCUUUCAAAAUUUUUACAACCUGCAUAUAGAAAUACAACGAAGCAAUUACUAGUGAGGAAACUUCCGCCCAGAUUCAUCCUAGGCCGACAUAUGGACUUUAUACCAGCUACCCAAUAUGACACACCCUACCCGAAGAAAUUUGCCUUCCCCUAUAAUAUAAAAACAUAUUAUGAGAUUACACCACUUCUGUUUUGUACGUGGGUCGGAAUGGUUUUUAUAGUUUUAUCAACUAUUUGGGCCGUUCAAACCAAGGUUGACGUAGUAUAUUCCGUAAACAGUCGAAGAUAUCUCUGUCGUACAAUGGAUUUGCGUAACCCCCCCAUCCUUAAGUUAGUGCUCAUCAACCAGCGUUACGAUCCUUGGCCUGAAAUGCAGGAUGUGUUGGACAAGAUGAAGGCUGCGGAGAAGAGAGCCCUGGUGCGAGUGCAAUCGUGCAGUUUGGUUUGA